GGAAGAGGGUUCAGACUCGGGAUCCCGUCACCGGCUGGUGAGGAGGUAAUCGUAUCCCCGCCGAUAAAGGACGCCGCGGGUCCGGCUACCAGCCCUGCGAGCUCGGAGCGGCUCCUGCGCACGAGGAGGCAGGGAGGAUGUCGAGACCCCGCUGUUAGCUGACGGCGCAAGAUUGGGGCAGCUAUAAAAGGCCGGAGCAGCUGGGGGCGUUGCUGUUCCCGAGCGCGAGGGGGCGGAGGUACUCAAGGCGGGGGAACGAAAGGAAAGGAACCCGGUCAAAAGGAGCUCCAGAUCUCUCGGAUCGAACUCGGGGAAGUCACAGCAUCGCUUGCGUGGAAGGUUUGGCAAAAUUUCUUUCUCUAUGUGGUCACUUCUUCUAGGAGAGUGUAAAUAGAGUGGGUGUCCUUAAUUCAUGUCCUGGGCAUCUGACACCUGCAAAAAUUAUGUGGAAAGAAGAUGCUGGUCGCAUGAGGGUCAAUAUGUGAGAGAAAGAGAGAACAAAAGCAAAGAUAACUACGAAGUCCUCUGGGUAAGGAGGUUACAGAAGUAUCAAUGGAUGAAGAAAGUGAUUGUGUUAUCACACAUUCCCCCAAUGGUAAAAUUUAUCAAACUAGUCCUUGCAGACCUUCCACAGUUGUUGGGUCAUAUGAACCUACAGAUAGUCUGGAUGAUGCAAAUUCUCAUGAAGGGCAUGUAGUACCACGUGUUAGAAACUUGACUCUGGAUCUUGGCAUGACAGAAAAGUACAAGGACCAGAAAUCAUUGGAUCAAAAGUCAGCAACUGUACUAUCUGACCACACUGUUUGUCAGACAUUUUCUGCUGCAAACAAAAAGCAUGGUUCUGGUGUAAAUUGUGCUUUUGUUUCUGAAGCUGCUGCUAAUGGAGACAAACAUCCUAAUGGAAAUAUACAAUCAACAAAUAACCAAAAGAAAGAUCAGAGUUACACGACACUCACACCUUGGAAGCCAUUGCAUCCUGAUAAUGUCAUGCACCGAGAUGAGGAGGAUUACUGUUCUGUUGCUUCUUCUGUAGCAUCUGUGAAAAAUUCGAAAACUAGGAGAACAGUGGCAAUUGCUCCUACAUUCAGAUGCAGUGAGCGCGCAGAGAGGCGGAAGGAGUUCUAUUCAAAGUUAGAAGAGAAACACCAGGCUAUGGAGGCACAGAAACUCCAAUGUGAAGCUAGGACCAAGGAAGAGCAAGAGGCAGCUCUAAAGCAACUAAGGAAGAAUAUGACUUUUAGAGCGACGCCAAUGCCUAGCUUUUACCAUGAGGGACCACCACCCAAGGUUGAAUUAAAAAAGGUGCCCACAACUCGUGCUAAAUCACCCAAGCUUGGUCGAAGGAAGAGCUGUGGUGAUGCAAGUCAUCGGGCUGAAGGAGAUAACUGCAGCGGAGUAUGUGGUCGGCUUCAGCGUCACAGUUUGGGUGCCUACAAGGAUGCUACAAACAAGUUACAAAACAGUCCUAAGAACAGAAGUGCAACUAUAACCAAGGAAGGGAACAAAUCCAUGAGGGAGAACUCGAAGCCCGAUGCCAGCAAGGUAGCAGCCCUGGAUACUACCGGCACCACCGUGCAAGGUCUGGCUGACACUGGUGUCACUGUGCAGCCCUGAUGUUUGCUUUUCCAUGCUUUGAUCUUAGUUUUUCCUUACUCUCAAAAUUCACCUGAUAAUUUAUCUCGACAUCAAAAUGCCAAUUGUUGAAGACUGGUAAUCAUGCAAGGAGUUUGUUGCUGUGGACUUCAUACGCAUGCUGUUGUAAAUUUUGUAUGUAAUGAUCCUGACAGUGGUGUAGUACUGCUAGAAUUACUGUUCUCCGUUGUCUAAUCCUUUUUGAGCAUCUUAAAUUUGAA